GCCAACCCAGACGCUCUCCGCAACGCAGGACGCAGACUCGCGCCCUUCUGUUCACAAGAUUGAGAUGUACAUAGGUAUACAAAAGAAGACCUUGAAGAAGAUCAAGCUUGGCCGUCUACCUAUGUUUUUCAACAUUCAUUCUUCGGUUUCUUCGGCGCGAGCGUGUCAUGGCAUUGCUUCGAACAUUGAGAAGCAAGACCUUACUUGAACAUCAGACUGGCUACCCGAUUUGACCCGACUCUUCUCUUCACCUAGCUUCCCGCUGUGUCUUGGCCUCCAUCUGUAAACAAUGCGAAUGCGGCCGCCUAACACCGAUAGGCGACUAUCGGUUAUAUGAAAGAGGUGUAGAAGAACAGAAGUUGUUAUAGAAGUAUAAGAUGGCGUACUACUCGUCAAUGCAUUUCUUUAGAUACCCAUCAGUUCCUGUCCUCGUCACUUAAUCAUCAUCGAUUCCGUCGUCGCCGACAUGUCUAUCACCGAGUUGGGCUCAAAAACGCACGAGUCUAUUGAUAUCGAGACUUCCGGAUUACCACCGAAACAGGCUGUCACCCAAGCUUACCGAGAGCUACUCACAGAUCAGGCCUCUCAGCCAGACAAGGUCUUUGUCGCGGGUUCCGAACUCCGGCAUCUGGAUCCAAACUUCGUAUCACUAGAUGAAGACAAACAAGAACAUCCUCGCUUCUGGCCGAUCGCUAAGAAGGUGCGCGCUACCGCAAUCGUGGGAGGUUGCUGUUUCAUCUCGCCGUUCGCAAGCACCAUAUUCGCGCCGUCCAUUCAUCUGGUCAUGAACGACCUGGAUAUCAUAGACAGUACCGUCGGCGCCUUGCAAGUCUCCAUCUUCCUCUUCGCAUUGGCGAUCGGUCCACUCUUCCUUGCCCCGCUCAGCGAGCAGUACGGCAGAGCAGCGAUUAUACACUUUGGCAACUUGGUCUUCAUUGCCUUCUCUCUCGGAGGCGGCUUUUCUCAAACUGCUGGUCAGUUCUCAGUUUGCCGGUUCUUCGCUGGACUGGGUGGCUCUGCUGCUAUCGCGGUAGUGGGGGGAUUCGUGGCUGACGUGUGGGAUCUUGCUGCCCGUCCGAAGGCAUCUGGACUCGUGAUGCUUGGCCCUGUCUUAGGCCCUGUUUUGGGCCCAGUAUGUGGAGGCUGGAUGUCGGAGCGGGUCUCUUGGCGCUGGACUCUCUGGAUACCCGCAAUUGCCAGCGCCUUACUUUCGAUCGCCGGGUUCUUCUUUCUCGAUGAGUCCUAUUCACCAAGAGUUCUGCAGAAUAAGCUCCCAAGGGAACGGAAAACGAAGCCUAGCGCUGAGCUGUAUACCGUCUUGGAUCUUCAGCACCGCCCUACUGGCCCUGCUGCGCUUGUCAACGCCUUCGUCCGACCGUUGGCAUACCUUGUCCUCGACCCAGCUCUACUCCUGGCCUCGCUGUUCUACUCAGUAGUAUUUGGCGUCGUAUACCUCAUCAUCGUUACUUACGCCGACGUCUUCGGCAUCGGCUAUGGGCACAGCGUCGGCAUCGUUGGCACCGACUUCCUCGCCGCUGGUAUUGGUAUGCUCCUCGGCACAUUCGCUACUAUUCGCGCUAUGGAAGCCAUCUUCAAGCGAGACAAGACAUCCGGACAAAUGAAGUACCAGCCCGAGUCGAGACUCAUUAGCUGUUUUGUUGGUGGAACAUUGCUGGUCGGCGGGCUCUUCAUGUAUGGAUUCACAGCCACACGAACACAUUUCAUGGUUCCACUUGCAGCUAUCAUGCUUAUGAUGGCUGGGGGCAUGAACAUCCAACUUGCGUUGCAACUGUACGCUAUCGAUGCCUUCAAGUUUCCAGCUUCUGCAGUCGCUGCCAUAUCCUUCCUUCGCUGCAUGUUCGCUGGCGCAUUUCCGUUGUUUGGAGAGAGAUUGUUUGCUAAACUUGGUCUGGACUGGGGUGUGGGGUUGUUGGGUUUUCUUGUCUUAGGUUUGGGGUUACCACUGGUAUCACUGCUCUAUAUUUAUGGUGUGAAACUUCGUAUAAAAGGCGCCGAUCGUAUGGAACGCUUCGAGGGCCUGACGGUAUCCACGGAGUGAUGUCUAUUGAGAGGAGCUGCCUAAUGAUU